CUUGCACAUGGAAUGUCCACUUCCUACUUGCUGUAAAGUAAUAACUGGAACAAUCAGCCUGAGGAAGCUCUACAAAACACAGAUAUUGCAGCAUUUUUCUGCGUGCGGUUGAAGGAGGAUGACGGAAGAGGCGGGUCUCUGUUUACUUAGACAAAAUGGCUGCAAGGAGCCACAAACUGCAUCUGGAAAAAUUAUUCUUCUCAAACUAAGACAGGGAUUAUGAGCAUCUUCUCUUACCUGCAACAAAAGGACCAAAAUAAGACUUCAGAAGCAGAAUGUGAUCAGUACCCCACUUGGGCCACCCCAGUCAAAAAACAUUCUGCAGUGGUGAAAGAGUUUUCAAACCCAAUGCUCAGCUUCAGGCUUGCCUACAUUUUCUCGUAUAACCUGUUCCAGUUCUGUGGACACACAUGGAUACUGGCUAAUACCAUAGCCAGGUUUCUCACAUUUGGUCAAGAUGCCUUAGCAGACACAUUUUAUUCAGUUGGCUUUGUGAUGAGUCUGUGCCAGCUGCUCUCCAUCCUGGAGCUUUUCCAUAUCGCAGAUGGGAUUGAGAAAGCCAGACUCCUCCCUCGCUUCGUCCAAGUUAUGGAGAAGAACCUCGUGCUGAUCAUGGUCAUCAUGCUGGAGGAGAUCCAGAGUAAACCAGUCGUGUGUGUACAGUUGUUCUUGUGGAACAUUCUGGACCUCAUACGGUACCCACAUGAGCUGAUGUGUGUUAUUGAUACACCCUCCAUCGCCAUGCUGUGGACUCGCUACACACUCUGGAUCCCCUUAUACAUCCUGUCAGUGGCCACUGAAGGUGUCACUAUAUACCAGGCCCUGCCUUAUGUUGAGCCAACAUCACCAAACUCAUCCCUGUUAAAUUCAACAGUGUCAACGCACAUUCACAUCCCCUUCCUCCUGAUGGUCUACCUGUCUGUUCUUGCUCUUGGGGCCUCUGUAACAGUCUGGCAACUGCUGAAGGAGAGACAACACCACCUGGAGAAAUGGAACAAGAAGAUGAAAAGGAAGUGACACCGUAAAUCAAAAGACUGAAUGUUUGGAUGGUUUAAGUCUUUCAGGAACAAUCUCUGAAGUUCAUAUUUUUUAAAAGACAAUGGGGAGAAAGAUCUUGAACUCAAGAGCCACAAAAUCAAAUUCACACCAUUAAAUGUUUGAUGAACUUUUACUGGGCAUAUAUUGUUUUGACAGAGCACAUUCCUCUUGACGUUGUCAUUCUCAUAUGUGAUUGAAGUAGAGCUACAAUGGCAGUGCAGUUUCUGUUUAAGCUCAUAAAUGUAAAAAGUCCACGGUGCUGCAGUAAGCCUCAGCUGUCUCCACACGUUCAGAGUCAUCACUGUAUGUCCUCCAUGUCCAACAGUCAGAGACAGGAAAGAUGUAACUUGAGUGUGUUAAAGCUCCAGCCAUGUUUUUGUGAAGAACCUCUGAAUGUGCUGCCAUGGUAACAGUGUGUUGGCCCCCCUGGCUACCAGCCGUAUGCUCUGGUCCACACAGCUUUCUUCUUGAACUCAGCAGAGGACUUCAGGGCCAACAGGGCAGCUGAAACGAUACACAAGGACGAUCAGAUAAACCACUCUGCACUGCAGUUUAUAAUCAAACAAGGAGUUUUCAUUUGUGCCAUGAAUGUUGUUUGCUCUUGUGAAUGUAAACGUAAGAGGAAAGACAGGCUGUGUGUUUCAGGUUCUACCUGUAUGGGUUUCGGCUAGCUACUGUCAACUGAUGUUUCUGUGUGUGUGUGAUGUUCUGUGGCUCAAUUUUAAAACUGUGUAUUGUAUGUGUAUUUUUUUUUUUACCUUUGGCUGUGCUGAUGGUUGUGGCCGACAGACUCUGUUCAGGACCUUCUGUGAUACUGAGAAGCCAGUCUAUGAACUGAGACACACACACACACACACACACAGGUUGUCUCAUCUUGUUCGGCUCUAACAAACUGACCCAUAACUUAGUCAUUGUUUUUCAAAUUAAAAUACACUAAUCAAACACACUAA